GGCAUAUAUCUGUAAGGGAGCACUGCCUACUUCCUUUUCAACUGUGGCCGCCAUUGCGAUAGGAGCGUGGUUCCCGGCGAGCCGAUAAAAAACCUUUAAAAUGGCAUGUGCCCGACCCCUGAUCUCGGUUUACUCCGAGAAAGGAGAGAGCUCAGGCAAGAAUGUGGUGAUGCCUGCAGUGUUCAAGGCUCCAAUUCGACCAGAUAUUGUGAAUUUUGUGCACACCAACAUGCGUAAAAACAGCCGCCAGCCUUACGCCGUCAGUGAACUGGCUGGUCACCAGACCAGUGCUGAGUCCUGGGGUACAGGAAGAGCUGUGGCCCGUAUCCCUCGUGUGAGGGGUGGUGGUACCCACCGCUCCGGUCAGGGAGCCUUCGGAAAUAUGUGUCGCGGAGGUCGCAUGUUUGCCCCCACCAAGACCUGGCGCCGCUGGCACCGCAGGAUCAACACCACCCAGAAGCGCUACGCCAUCUGCUCUGCUCUGGCUGCCUCUGCUCUGCCCGCCCUGGUCAUGUCCAAGGGUCACCGCAUUGAGGAGAUCCCAGAGGUCCCUCUGGUGGUUGAUGACAAAGUUGAGAGCUACAAGAAGACCAAGGAGGCUGUGCUUCUGCUGAAGAAGCUGAAAGCCUGGAAUGAUAUAAAGAAGGUGUAUGCCUCCCAGCGUAUGCGAGCCGGCAAAGGAAAGAUGAGGAAUCGCAGGCGUAUCCAGCGCAAAGGACCAUGCAUCAUCUAUAACCAAGACGCAGGUGUCACUAAAGCCUUCAGAAAUAUCCCUGGCAUUACACUUCAGAACGUGAACAAGCUGAACCUUCUGAGGCUUGCCCCCGGUGGCCAUGUUGGCCGCUUCUGCAUCUGGACAGAGAGCGCCUUCCGCAAGCUGGACGAGCUGUACGGCACCUGGCGCAAAGCCUCCACCCUCAAGGUGGACUACAAUCUGCCAAUGCACAAGAUGACCAACACAGAUCUGAGCAGGAUCCUGAAGAGUGAGGAGAUCCAGAAGGUUCUCCGUGCUCCCAACAAGAAGAUCAAUCGCAGAGUUCUGAAGAAGAAUCCUCUGAAGAACCUCAGAGUGAUGAUGAAACUGAACCCCUACGCCAAGACAGCCAGACGUAAUGCCAUCCUGCUGCACGACCCUGCUACCAAGGCCAAGAUGUUGAAACCCAAGAAGAAGCCUGCAAAGAAAUCUGCCAAGAAAGCUGCUGCUGCAGCCCCUGCCCCCGCAGCACCUGCUACAGCAUAAAGCUCUAAAGUGAUUUGAUUCAGAUAUGGUUUCCAAUAAAAUCGGAUCUAAAAGGAA